AAUUUGGUUUCAUACCAUCAUCAAUUAACUGACUAAUCGUUUUGUGGGCAAAAUUUUCAUCCAAUUUGUCAAAUGUGUGUUCAGAAAUUUUCAUAUCUGAAAAUGGGACAGGGUUUUGAAAAUACAACUUUUCGUUUUGUUAAGAUUUCUGCUGUGAGCUUCCUCCGACCCGAAUCAAACUUCCAGCACCUCGAUCGUGUCAUUUGGCAUCUAUAGUUGACUGACUAAUUGGUUGCGGGUCUGAAAUUCGGCCAAAACUGUAGAUGUCGAAUUUCAACAAUCGGUAAAGGUCUCACUUAGCAACACUUAGCAACACUUAGCAAUACUUAGCAAUACUUAGCAACACUUAGCAACACUUAGCAACACUUAGCAACACGUGAUUACAAUAUUAUAACAGUUAACUACAUAAUUACACACUUACACACAGAUACACAGUCGGUUACUUAUACUAUGACCCUGUUAUCACAUAACGUGUUGACAUGUGCUACCUUGGUAACAUGAGCUGCCUUGGUAACAUGAGCUGCCAUUAUCUUAAACGUAUUGUGGGAAGUGAAGCUCAAACUAACAGUAUUAUACUGAAGCUUCAGUUUUGAGAUCACUUCUAAUAAAUGUUUAGAAGAUUAAGUUUCGUAGUUUAAUAGCUUUUUUGUGGCUUUAUAAUAUCAGCAUCCGAAUACCUCAAUAACAAUAAGUUGGACCUGUUUCAAAUUAAAUUACCAUAUUCGCUUGUUUUCAAUUUUCUGGGUUACUACCAACACUUUUAAAAGCUUGUUUCUUCCUGAUGUAACCAAAGCGAAAAGCUCUUCAAAUAAUUACACUGAAAUUUAGAUCUCGAACUUGUAUUAAUUUUGUUUUCUAGUGACGACUGUUAAGCGGAAAAUCCUGUACGGUCGUUAACUUUUUAGUAAAAUGGAGCAGCAAAAUGUUCCAGACUUUAAAAAUGAGAUGAAGAUGGAAGAAGAAAGUAUUUCACCAGAAUUGAUCAAGACAGAGAUUAAGAAGGAGGAAGAGAAUUUUCUUGUUAAAUCAGAAGUGUAUUCAAAUGCAGUGUCUCAGUUGGAUUGUCCCAACCAAGAAUCAGCAUUGCUUCGCUACCAGUGGGUUCAUCCUAAUGAAAAUGCUUACAUUCGCUCUGAAUGUUCCUACAAUGCAAGCAAAAAAACAGCUUUAGUUUCACAUCAACGGACUCAUACCGAUGAAAAACCGUAUAAAUGCUCUGAAUGUUCUUACAGUGCAAGCGUAAAACAAAACUUAGUUCGCCAUCAGAUGACUCAUACCGGUGAAAAACAAUACAAAUGCUCCGAAUGUUCCUACAGUUCAAGCCAAAAACCAAACCUAGUCAGCCAUCAUAUGACGCAUACCGGUGAAAAACCGUACAAAUGCUCCGAAUGUUCCUUUAGUACUGGCCGGAAAUCAAACCUAGUUAAACAUCAGAGGACUCAUACCGGUGAAAAACCGUUUAAAUGCUCCGAAUGUUCCUACAGUGCAAGCUUAAAACAAAACCUAGUUAAACAUCAGCGGACUCAUACCGGUGAAAAACCGUACAAAUGCUCUGAAUGUUCCUUUAGUACUGGGUGGGAAUCAAGCCUGGUUGGACAUCAGAUGACUCAUACCGGUAAAAAACCGUUUAAAUGCUCCGAAUGUUCCUACAGUUCAAUCCGAAAAUCAGACCUAAGUAAACAUCAUAUGACUCAUACCGGUGAAAAAUCAUAUAAAUGCUCCGAAUGUUCCUACAGUUCAAUCCGAAAAUCAGACCUAAGUAACCAUCAAAUGACUCAUACCGGUGAAAAACCGUAUAAAUGCUCCGAAUGUUCCUACAGUUCAAUCCGAAAAUCACAACUAAGUAGACAUCAGAUGAAUCAUACCGGUGAAAAACCGUAUAAAUGCUCCGAAUGUUCUUACAGUUCAAUCCGAAAAUCAGACCUAAGUAAACAUCAGAGGACUCAUACCGGUGAAAAACCGUAUAAAUGGUCUGAAAGUUCCUACAGUUUAAUACAAAAUUCGACUUUCUUUCAAAAAGGUAGUGUUGGAGGACCCAUUUUUGUUAAGCCUCUACCUUUCGUGAAGCCACUCACAUUUGUAAAGCCUCUGAUCUUCGAUGACGCCCAUCAUUUUAGUUCCAGCUUACCUUCCAGUUCCUUCUCCAGUAACCAACCAGAAUCUCACAAGCCUCACCGUGCAGAUCCUCUCAACUUCUCACCUGGUGAAUCUGUUUUCACACCUGCUCCCACUGUCCCACCUACCUUAUACUCUACAACAUUUCCUUCCCCUUAGCUCAUAUUUCCUGCCAGUUCAGCGACCAUGGGGCGUAAAUCAAAAUGUAUGUAA